GAUGCCCUAGUAACCCAAUGUACAAACCUCCUUGUGAUUCUAUCUAGACGACUAGGCUCUGAGAGAGUGAGAGACGCCUUCUCUGAUUCUCUCUAAACCUCUCAAGCUAAAACCCGUUUCUGAACGAAUCGACUAAAACCCUAGUAGUUUUGCUUCAAGCAGUCUACAUCCUUUAGUUUUGUGAGAGAUUCGAAGUGUUGUAACGAUGUCGGACGAGGAAACGAAGGAGGAGAAGGAGUUGGAUCUCACUUCCCCCGAAGUCGUCACCAAAUACAAGAGCGCAGCUGAGAUAGUCAACAAGGCAUUGCAGCUGGUAUUGUCGGAAUGCAAACCAAAGGCUAAGAUUGUAGAUUUAUGUGAGAAGGGCGAUGCCUUUAUCAGAGAGCAAACUGGAAACAUGUACAAGAAUGUUAAGAGGAAGAUCGAGAGGGGCGUCGCCUUCCCAACGUGCAUUUCGGUGAAUAACACCGUAUGCCACUUCUCUCCACUUGCCAGUGAUGAAACAGUAUUGGAAGAAGGUGAUAUGUUGAAGAUAGACAUGGGUUGUCAUAUUGAUGGGUUCAUUGCUGUUGUUGCGCACACUCGUGUCUUGCAGGAAGGGCCAGUGACGGGUAGGGCAGCUGAUGUCAUUGCAGCUGCAAACACUGCUGCCGAAGUUGCUUUGAGGCUCGUAAGGCCUGGAAGAAAGAACAAAGAUGUUACAGAAGCUGUUCAGAAGGUUGCUGCUGCAUAUGACUGCAAGAUUGUUGAAGGCGUUCUGAGCCACCAGUUAAAACAGUUUGUUAUUGAUGGCAACAAGGUCAUACUAAGUGUAACCAGUCCUGAGACCAGAGUUGAUGAUGCAGAAUUUGAGGAGAAUGAAGUCUAUGCCAUUGACAUAGUAACUAGCACUGGUGAUGGAAAGCCCAAGCUGUUGGAUGAGAAACAAACAACAAUUUACAAAAGAGCCGUUGACAAGAAUUACCACUUGAAGAUGAAAUCAUCUAGGUUCAUCUUCAGCGAAAUUAAUCAGAAAUUCCCUAUCAUGCCCUUUUCAGCAAGGGCUUUGGAAGAGAAGAGGGCUAGGCUGGGAUUAGUGGAAUGUGUAAACCAUGAUCUGUUGCAGCCAUAUCCUGUUCUUCACGAGAAACCUGGUGAUUUUGUUGCCCAUAUUAAAUUCACAGUCUUGUUAAUGCCAAAUGGAUCAGACCGGAUAACAUCCCAUGCUCUUCAGGAGCUGCAGCCCACAAAAAAAAUAGAUGAUGAUCCAGAAAUCAAAGCCUGGUUGGCUCUGGGCACGAAGACAAAGAAGAAGGGUGGUGGGAAGAAGAAGAAAGGGAAGAAGGCUGACAAAGUUGAUGAAUCAAUAGAAGCGGAGCCUAUGGAUGCAACAUCAAACGAGGCUGCAUCUCAAGAAUGAGUUUUUCCAAUUUUGGUACUUUUUUCACCCUUGUAUUUGUUUGUUUACGAGUUAAUCAAGGAGACUCCUCUAAUGUUGAGCCUACCAGGUUUUACCAGUGUACGUGCGUAGUGAAUAUGCGCAUGGGCAUGAUUUCCUUGUUUCUAUACCUGUUUUAUAUUUUUAGUUGUUUACAACGGAGGGAAACAAAGAAAUGCAACUUUCUUUAUA